AUGGUUCAGCAUACAAUUCAGAACACGGACAACCGCACACAAGGUCGCCUGGCCUUGGUGACGGGAGCAAGUGGUGGUAUCGGGUCAUCAGUUGCACACGCCCUCGCGGCAGAAGGGUGCGAUGUUGCGCUGCACUACUCCUCAAGUCAAGGUAAAGCCGAGGCAAUCGCCCAGGAACUGCGCGCAAAGUACCCUUCACAACUCUUCGUGCCCUUCCAGGCGGACCUCUCAUCGCGGGAGUCGACGCGCAACCUGGUGCCCACCAUCUUCGCCAGUAGCGAGGUCACGCAGAAGCACAAGGCCAUUUCGAUCCUCGUCGCCAACGCCGGACUCGGGCGCCGUAUCCGUGAUCCCGCCGACAUUGGCGAGGAUGACUGGGAUGAGAUGAUGGAGGUCAACGCGCGCAGCCAGUUUGUCGUGACGAAGGCGUGUCUGCCGGGGAUGAGGGCUCAGGGCUGGGGGCGUGUUGUGCUGGUCGGAAGCAUUGCGAGCCGCGGAGGCGGUAUCAACGGGUGUCAUUAUGCUGCGACCAAGGCUCCAUGGGGCUCAACUUGGCAACGCUCUUGGCGCCAGAGGGAGUCACAGUCAACAUUAACCUGGGACAGCAGAGACGACCUCGAGGCUCUGAGAGCCACCGACCCCGGCCUCGCGAUCGCUGCAAGCGUCCCAGUCCACCGUCUGGGUGCACCCGAAGAAGUAGCCAACGUCGUCACGAUAGACUACGGCGGGAACCCGGGAAUCCCGCCCUGCCGCCGCUGCGUCCGCGAGCAGAAGGAGUGCGUCUUGGCAACGUCCCGCCGCGGCGGCCGGCGUCCCCGCAAAUGCGUCCGCCUCCCGGGCUCGGACUCCACCGGUGCGGCCCCGUUUCCCCCGGGGACCACAUCCACCUUCGACUCCGUCCCCGCAGAGGGCGCCGCCUCAAGCGAGCAACCACCAGGUGCCGACCAGAAGUCCUCCGAGACAAAUCGUCCAUGGUCCUGCUCCCCGGAAGCAGAAACCCCGGGCCGCGCCGCAAGCUGGCCCGGCUCCGGGUCCCAGCCAAACAGCCCCGGCGGGCGAUCCCUCCAGAGCGCGGGGGAUAUCGAGGGACACAUCACGUCGAGCGACCUCUUGAACCCGUCCGACGCGUUGAACCUGUUGGCGCAGGUAGCCGAUCUGGACGGCGACGGCGGGACGGAGAGGAACCGCAAGCCGAGCGGAAGCACCACGCACGAAGACGGAACCCCCCGCGACCACCCCUCCUCGAAGACGCUCGCGACGUACCAUUACCCUCCCAUCUCAGACGGCGUCCUCUCUCUGUCCGUCGCCUCCCGCCUGCUCGCAACGUACUACGAACACUACCACCCCUUCUUCCCCGUAGCCCACAACUGCAUCCUCUCGCCCCCCUCGAUCCCCUUCCUCACCGACUCGGAGCCGCACCUCGUCACGGCCAUCUUCACCGUUGUCUCCAAGGACGAGCCCUCCCUCUCGGCCGUCCACGAGGCCUGCUCGCGGCACAUGGAGACGCUCAUCUCCAAGCUCAUCUACAAGGGCUCCACGACCGUCGGCGCCGUCGAGGCCCUCCUCAUCCUCGCCCAGUGGGCGCCCCAGCGCCUGCAGGAGAAACCCACCGUCGGCCGCGGCGAGGAGGACGAGGGCGCAUGGAUGCAGAUCGGCGUCGCCAUCCGCCUCGGCUACCUCCAGAGCCUCGAGCAGACGGGCCUGCUGGUCGACAAGCAGAGCGCCCUGUCGGAGCAGUUCCGCAGAAAACGACUUGUCUGGGCUGCCUGCUACAUGAGCGACCGCGAGGUGUCCAUCCGCGUCGGCAAGGGCUUCUGGUCCCGCGGCCCGGGCCCGUCGACGAUCCCCCGCUCCGCCGACUUUCCCUCGCUGCGCGUCCAGCAGGCCGGGCCGGAUAACCUCGGCCAGCUCUUCCAGGCCCAGCUCGAGCUCAUCCAGCUCUUCAGCAACGCCCACGACAUCCUGUACUCGUCCGCGGGCCACCGGGCGCAGCUGUACCUCGGCGGCGAAUAUGUCCGCUAUAUCGAUGAUUCCUUCGCGGUCCUCAGAAAGUGGAAACUCGUCUGGGGAAGUCUAAGCUUCACGCCUCUGAUCAAAGCCGCCCUCAACCUCUCGUACGAGUUCCUCCGCCUCUACAUCAACGCCUUCGCCUUCCAGGCCACAAUCAACCGCGCCAUCACCCGCGCCCGCCAGCAACAGCAACAACUGCAGCAACAGUCCCAGACAGCAACAGCAACAGCAUCAUCAUCACAGCCUCAGCAGCAACAACCUCCUCAACAGCAGCCACCACCACAACCGCAGCCCACCAGCGCAACGACCGCACGUACGACAACGGCGAUAAACACCCCCCUCUUCGGCGACCUCGCAAGCACCCCCGACGCCCGCUUCAUCUACGAGUCCAUGGACGCCGCAAACUCCCUCCUCAACAUCCUCAACACCUCCGUCGACCCCGUCACGGGGCUGAGAUACAUGCCGCUGAAGUACUACCUCUACGUCAUCUACGCGGCUGUCUUCCUCUUCAAAGCCCGCCUUGCAGGUGCCCUCGGCGCAGAAGCAUCCGACUCCGUCCGCCGCUCCAUCUCCGUGACAAUAACCUGCCUCCAACGAUCCUCCAUCUCCCCCCACUCCCUCGGCCACCGCUACGCCUCCCUCCUCUCCCUCCUCUGGCGCUCCAAAUCAGCCUCCUCCUCCACAUCCCCCAAAGCAACAACCUCCACCGCCGCCGCCGCCGCCGGCAACCACCCAUCCCAAACAACACCCACCGCCUCCUCCUCCUCGCGUCCAGGCCACCACCCCUCCUCCUCACACACCGCGCCCUCCCACCACCAUACAGCAACAUCCAUCCUCCCCUCCACAGAGCACACCAACCCCUCCCCCUCCUACCACGAUCCGCAUCCGUCCAUGCUGCUGGGCCACGACCACGCCUCCGGGAUGCACCACGCCUCCGCCGGCGGUAUGGGCAUGACCCCGCUGCCCCUGAGCCAGACAGAGCUCCUCUGCCGCGGCUUCUCGUGGCGCGACCUCGACGACCUGGGCCAGUUCAUCGGGCCCCCAGCCGACAUGGCCUUCGCCGACCCCACGGGGCUACACGUCGUCGGGAACAUCAGUCUUGACGAGGGGGCGGCGUAUGAUGUCCUCUGGCCCGGGAACGACGUCGUGUUCUAG